AUAUGGCGUUAGUGUUGAUUGUCGUAAUGUUUAAAAUCUCAAAUGACUAUUACGACGUACAAAUUUCAACGAAUAGAUCUUUUUCCUUGGCUACGUUUUAAGUUUUCUUUCCUAAUUAUUAAUUAAAUUAAUUAGUAACGUGAAAAGGUUAUAUAUAAACUUUAAAAUGAUAUUGCUAUAAUCGUUUAUUUAGAAAACACGUUCCAUCAAAUAAGUACACCUACGUGUAUUAAUUGUUAAUUAUUCGUAUAGCUAUCGAUAUGAUUGAAGUACUAUCAUCCGUAACAUGAGCGAUAAUACAAUCACACCUGUGAAGUUUAACCACUUUAAAUCAUAUUAUGCAGAAUAGAUUAACGGUCACCUGUUUGAAUAGAUCGAACUAAUCUAUGAAAACGUUCGAAAAGAAGAUAAUGCAGGAAGACUCGUUACAGCUGAAAUAGGGGUGAACAGUAUUAAUAGGUUGGAUUUAUGCAAUGAAUUAAAAUUACAAACGAAAAGGAUCAGUGACCCAAUUGGAAAAGGUUGAAAGAAUCAAAGGAUUAACCAUGACAUCUCUUGGAAAACUAAUAUUCAUAGAUAUUCACUGUAGGAAUUCAAGAACUUCAUCUUCUACUGAUUUGCAAAAGGAUUAUGUUGAAUCUUUAUCUUUUGCAUUUCAAAAUUUAUUUUAUAUGCCAUUUGAUAUUAUCGAAAACUAUGGCAAUAUGAUAUAUACUUUAGAUAUAAGUCAUAAUAAAUUUUGUAGAAGUUUACACUUUCUAUCAGAAUUUGAAAAUUUAACAUCUCUCAAUCUGGAUUAUAAUAAUAUAGAUGAAUUUACUGUUUUCCCAUAUAUGCCAAAACUUCAACUAUUAUGGUUAAAUCAUAACAAGAUCGAUCACUUAUAUCCAUUUAUUAAGAAUCUCUAUGACAGUAUGCCUAAUCUGAAAUAUUUGAGUCUUAUGGGAAAUACUGCUGCGCCUAGUUAUCUUAAUGGUGGAACGUUUUAUGACUAUUUACAGUAUAGGUUGUUUAUUAUAUCCUGGUUUCCACAUCUUGUACACUUGGAUGACCGGACAAUAACUCCAGAACAAUGUCAAGAAGCUAAAAGACUGUAUAAGAGGCCAUUCUUAGAAAGUUUAUCUGAAAAUGCUCCAUUACCAGAAUGCCUCAAGUUUUUGCAUAAAAAAUUAGCAAAUAUGUUUUCAAAACCAAUUUUGCCUAAUAAAUUACAAAGCACGAGAGGAACAAAUGUUAUUAUAUAAAAGAUUUAUAAAUGAAAUGGAAGUAUAAGAGCAGUCAGAGAAUAUAUUUUUUUUAAGACAGAAUAAGUAUGUAGAACUAUUUUAGAGAAUUUUUAAACAAUAUAUAACUGCCUUAAAAUCGA